CUUUGGAGAAACCCCGUAGCAGGCCAGGAACCAUAGACAGGAACUAGCUAAACAACGUUUAGCAUCCAAGAUGGCGGGAGCAGACAGCGACGACUCUCUUUACCCUAUUGCUGUGUUAAUUGACGAAUUAAGAAAUGAAGAUGUUCAGUUACGAUUGAACAGUAUUAAAAAACUGUCAACCAUCGCCUUAGCUUUGGGGGUCGAAAGGACACGCACUGAACUUCUACCUUUCCUCACAGAUACCAUCUAUGAUGAGGAUGAAGUUCUGCUUGCCCUUGCUGAACAACUGGGGAACUUCACCCUGCUGGUUGGAGGCCCUGAAUAUGUGCACUGUCUCCUUCCCCCUUUGGAGAGUCUGGCUACAGUUGAAGAGACCGUGGUGCGAGACAAGGCAGUGGAGUCCCUGCGGAAGAUCUCCCAUGAGCACUCUCCAGUGGACCUGGAAGUGCACUUUGAGCCUCUGGUAAAGCGUUUGGCCAGUGGUGACUGGUUCACGUCCCGUACCUCUGCCUGUGGUCUCUUCAGUGUCUGCUACCCACGAGUUUCCAGUACAGUCAAAGCUGAGAUCCGCCAGCACUUCCGCACCCUGUGUUCUGAUGACACUCCCAUGGUGCGCCGUGCAGCUGCCUCCAAACUGGGUGAAUUUGCCAAAGUGUUGGAGCUGGAGUAUGUUAAGAGUGACAUCAUUUCCCUCUUCACUGCAUUGGCAUCUGAUGAGCAGGAUUCUGUUCGUCUCCUGGCUGUGGAGGCUGGCGUCAGCAUUGCCACUCUGUUGCCUCAAGAGGAUCUGGAAGCUCUGGUGAUGCCUACCCUGCGCCAGGCAGCAGAGGACAAGUCCUGGAGGGUUCGCUACAUGGUUGCAGACAAAUUCUCAGAUUUGCAGAAAGCUGUGGGUCCAGAAAUCACAAAGAAUGACCUAGUGCCAGCCUUCCAGAACCUUCUGAAAGACUGUGAGGCUGAGGUUCGUGCCGCUGCUGCAAACAAAGUCAAAGAAUUCUGUGAAAAUUUGCCAGAGGACAGCAGAGAGACUAUCAUCAUGUCACACAUUCUUCCCUGUGUUAAGGAACUUGUCUCAGACACUAAUCAGCAUGUGAAGUCUGCACUGGCGUCAGUCAUUAUGGGCCUCUCCACCAUCUUAGGCAAAGACAACACCAUUGAGCACCUGCUUCCCCUUUUCCUGGCCCAGCUCAAAGAUGAGUGUCCAGAGGUUCGCCUCAACAUCAUCUCCAACUUGGACUGUGUGAACGAGGUGAUUGGAAUCCGCCAACUCUCACAGUCUCUGCUUCCGGCUAUUGUUGAGCUGGCUGAAGACGCCAAAUGGCGAGUGCGGCUGGCAAUUAUCGAAUACAUGCCCCUUCUGGCUGGACAGUUGGGUGUAGAGUUCUUUGAUGAGAAACUCAAUUCUCUGUGCAUGGCUUGGCUUGUCGAUCAUGUGUAUGCCAUCAGAGAGGCAGCCACCUGUAACCUGAUGAAGCUGGUGGAGAAGUUUGGAGCCGAGUGGGCACAGAACACCAUUGUGCCCAAAGUGCUGGGAAUGGCUAAUGACCCCAACUACCUGCACAGGAUGACUACCCUCUUCUGCAUUAAUGCUCUGUCUGAGGUGUGUGGACAAGAUAUUACCACCAAACAUAUGCUCCCUGUAGUUUUAAAGAUGUCCAACGACCAGGUAGCCAAUGUUCGCUUCAAUGUGGCCAAGUCACUUCAGAAGAUUGGACCUGUGCUGGACAGCAGCAGUCUGCAGACUGAAGUGAAACCAGUGCUGGAGAAACUGGCAACAGAUCAAGAUAUGGAUGUCAAAUAUUUCGCUCAAGAGGCCAUCAGUGUUCUUUCUCUGGCCUAAAGUACCUUCUUGCUGAACGUAAGACCCAUCUCAAGCUGACCUCCAUUGUAUUUAUUGACAUCCAAGACCAUCCACUGGACUGUUUAUGGAGAAACAAUGUGUACUGUUCCCUAUCAGUGAAAAGUGUUUUAGGGAAACUUGGCUUCUCUAAGUGUUUAUUUUUCUCUCCAACUAUUCACCUCAUACCAUCUUGCUCAUCGUUCCUACCCUGCAAUAGGCCCGCUGAGCCCCCCUGCUAACCCUUGCAAACCCCCAGCCUGGGGUCACACAUUUAGAUGGCGUUUUACUAUCCACCUAACAAUCUAAUGAAGCAUCAUAGGUUAAGAGAAAAAAAAAAUAGAUGUAUUGAGGCAUCAGGUGUCUAUAUUUAACUUCCGUCAUCUCUUCUGAUGGGCUGAACCAUGUUUGCUCUUAGUGCUGAUUUUAAGCUCGAGCCACGGCAUGACAAAGGGCCGAAUCACUACUGCAACUUUCAACUAUCAUUUGAAUACUGUUCCUGGCCCCGUCGUACACAGAUUGUUGUUAAACCAAGACCCCAUUAAGCACUAGCCGAUGUCUAUUCUUUCAGUGGCGUGCUCUCGUAUUGCUCUCAAAGUGCUUAUCUUCUUAAAGGGACCACAACAAAUUUCCAUCAACUGUUAAAACAUAACAGAGGAUGGGCAUUCCUAAACGGCCCUUUUUAUCCUCAGAAGGCAAGCUUCUCCAUUCUGUGCCAUAUUGCACAUUUUUUGUUUUGUUUUAAAAAAGAUGUUUAACUUUUUUUUUUUGUCCUUUUAUAUGAGUGCAUCUGCAUGGCUCUUGCACACAGAUUCCCUAGGCCGUCUGUAUGUUAAGAAGCUCAUUAAUCACAGGGCAUCUUAAACUCUCCCUCAACACAAUGCUUUUUGCCUGUGAUGUUGACUGUCCGAUUCUUCAGCUUCAGAGUGCAGUCAGUAUAGUAGUAUAUUCUAUGUAAUGAGUGUCUUUAGAAUGUGCUUUGGGUUUUAUAUGAAUAUGGCCUCAUUGCCCUUGAUGGAAGGGAACUCAAUAAAGAACGUUAUAUAACCCCA